UGAAUGAAUCGAAAAAUUAAUCUUAGGAAAUCGAAACGCAAAAUUAUCAAGUCAGUCAAUUUACGGUGUUCCUGUGUUAUAAAUACAGAACGUAGGAGCUUCAUAUUCAGUUUUCUCCCAAGAUCAGGAGCACCUGAAGUAGCCACAAUGGGAGUUUAUACAGCUUUUGUCUUCAGCCUUCUUAUUGGAAUCGUGAUUAGUGAAGAAGCUUCUAUCUGCAAUUCUGCCGAGGAUUCUCUGGUGCCGGUAACUAUCUUUGUCACUGCUGAGCAGUAUCGUGCUUGUAAGGAAGAUAAUGACUGCACUUUUGAUUCCCAGUGUGUAAGUUGGGAUAACUCUGGCGACUUUCACGAUACCUUUCAGGGCAACUCGUAUUUUGAAAUUUGUCGAAAGAUCCACUUUAAAAUGGAGCAACUCGAAGCUGAAUAUCCAGAUAUCAAGCAUUUGAAAUUGAAGAUUAUGCAGUUGGUUAAUGCAUUUUUAUCUGAAUUCGAGUUUGAAUGUACGGAAAACGAAUUAGUUUCCAUAAAAAUCCUAGAUUUUGUUAAGAACUGGAUUGAAAAGAUGAAAGUAGAGCUUGAGGAAGCUAAUGAGAUGCAGAAACCCGAGCCAAUUCCUAUUUUAAAAACGAUUAUACAAGAAGAGGAAGUAACCGCUGAGCCUGAGCUUGAACAUGAAUCCGAUCAUUCAAUGCUUGUUGGAUCCAUAAGGGGUAUUCCUGGAAUUCACUUUCCUAACUACACGGAGAUACCAUUAACUUCUUUCAGCUGCAAUGAUAAAACUAUUAUCCCUGGAUUCUAUGCUGAUCUUGAAACUGGAUGCCAGGUAUUUCAUCUAUGUUACGAGCAUAGAAGAGAGAGCUUUUUGUGCCCUACAGGAACAAUCUUCAAUCAACCCAUAUUAGCUUGUGAUUACUGGUACAGUGCUAACUGCUCUCAAGCACUCAUCUACUAUGAAUACCCGAACAUCCCUGAGCCGGAAAGUAUUCCUACCAUUACAGUAGAUACUAAUGAAAAUGUUGAACAAAUUGCGAAACGUCCUGAAAAGGAUGCGUUGAAAGAUUUUAUGAAGUUUCUGCCUGUGAAAGCAAAGGUAACGGAUAUUCCUACAUCAGAAAAACCCAUUCAAACGCAAGAAUUGAAGCCUUCUGUAACACUCGAAGAUACGGAAGCCGUCGCAGAUAAGAUCUUUGAUGGAAUCUUAAGUCUCGGAAGCCAUAUUACGUCCACAGCCAGCUAUAAGCUUCAGCAGUUACCAGAUCCGCAAUAUGAAACUCCGAAAUUUGAACAUUCCCUCUUAAAAACGAAGUUAGCAACUAAGGCCUCUGCUUUUGUUCCUCUCGCUAAAGCUAAGAAAAUAACUUCAGCUGCAAAAUUAAGUGCUGCAGUUAAAACGGCAUCUGGCGUUGCUUUGAUUUCUGGAAAAGUCAAACUGGGUUCGCUUGGCGCCGCGGCUGCACUACCCAUCAAGGCAAAGAAAGUAGCCGCUGCCGCAGCCGCCGCGGCUGCGUUACCCAUCAAGGCAAAGAAAGUAGCCACUGCUGCCGCCGCCGCGGCUGCGUUACCCAUCAAGGCAAAGAAAGUAGCCACUGCUGCCGCCGCCGCGGCUGCGUUACCCAUCAAGGCAAAGAAAGUAGCCACUGCUGCCGCCGCCGCGGCUGCGUUACCCAUCAAGGCAAAGAAAGUAGCCACUGCUGCCGCCGCCGCGGCUGCGUUACCCAUCAAGGCAAAGAAAUUCGCUUUACCAAUCGUAAAAACUAAAUUGGCUUCGGCUUCAAUUCCUUUAAGGAAGGCUAAAGCUGUAUCAAAGAAACUUCCUAUCGUCAAAGCAAAGCUCUUUAAGCUGCCUUUAGCUAAAACAAAACUUGGAGCUGCAUCUAUUCCUGCUCUUAAAGCAAAGAAAGUAGCACCAUUUAUAAAAAUGGCUGCUCUUAAACCAAAAAUUGCGAUAGCACCGUUGAAAGCAAAAUCUGCAGUACUGCCAUUGAUGAAAGCGAAAUUGGCGAAAGCGGCAAUAUCUCCUCUAACAAAGAAGACAUUGGCACUUGGUUAUCUGAAGCUGUUAAAAGCUAAGAAAUUGGCUCUGAUGGGAUGAUCUUAAAGUUUAUUUAUCAUAUCAAAUAAAGAAGUUAUUAAACCUGU